UACUGAUAACAGAGUUGAUAGUAGCAUUCAAAUUGCCCGCUCGUCAAUAGUUUCACGUGAUAUCCGCUUUCAUUCCGAUCAAGUCCGAAAUUAACUUCGUUUGCAGAUAUUUUUAUCUGUCAGUUGUGAAAAAAAAGAAAGGUCACAUUUUUUUAAAAGUGCUGAUAAUUUCUUCAAGAAGAUGACAGAUUUAGAUUCACCCAGAAGAAAUAACGAUUGUUAUUUUUAUUACUAUUCCACUUGUACCAAAGGCGACAGCUGUACCUUCAGACAUGAACCUUCGGCUUUAGGAUGUGAAACAAUGUGUUCAUUUUGGAAAGAAGGAAAGUGCUUAAACGUACAUUGCAACUAUCGUCAUAUGGAAUUGAGGAAAAACAGAAAGGCAAUUCAGUGUUAUUGGGAAACACAGCCUGGUGGAUGUUUGAAGCCUCACUGCCCAUUUUUACACCAAAAUGCUAGACAAUCAAUGACCAAUUCACACAACAAUAGCGAAGUUACCGCUAGUAGUUCAAAUAGUACACAAAAUAUCGAGGAGGUUACACAGAGUCCCACACAAAAUGACAUUGGCAGUCAAUCAUCUGAGAGAAAUUUCAGAAAUCAAGUUGAUUCUCUUGUUGUGACUUUUGAAGAAGAGUCUGAUACCGAAUCGAUUCCAUCCAGAUCACCUAGAAAACUCCCCCAAAAGAAAGUGAGGGUGAAAACUUUAGAGGAAAUUCGACUAGAACGUAUUCAAGAAGAAUCGGCCGCUUAUUUUGCCUAUAGUCUAGAUUGCCCAGAAAAUGAUACAGUUGAAGAUCUUCGAAGGAAUCUAAUAAGAAAGAGGAAGAAAGAUAAUGAAGAAUAUCCCUUGAACCUAGCAAAAAAGCUGAGAUUGGAUAACUGUUCUGAUAACAACACUGAAAUAUAUCUGGAUUCAAAAAUGUGCAAUGUUUUUUCUAAAAUUAACAAUAAUGAACAGGAAGAAAUGACCCAGGAACAAAAAAAAAGUGUGUAUGCGAAUAAAGGAACUCUAAGGGAUCGCAAAAUAAAGAAUAAUGACUUAUGUAGUAUACAAAGUAGAGGAAUUAAGAGAAAUACAAGAGGAGCAAAGAGAAAAAUGGAGUCUAUAAAAAUCAAAACUCUUGAAGAAAUCAGAGCGGAAAAAAUGAAAAAGAAGGAAAGUGAAUCAACAGAACUAGUAGAAGAGAUAAGCAGUACAACAAAAGAUGUGGUAGAAGAAAAGACGACAGAAACUAUUUCUGUUCAACCAUCACCACAGAAGAAAAAGCUGAAGUUAGUUCGUUUGUCUUCUACAGACCUGAAAGAAUUGGUGAAAAAUGAAAAUGGGUCGACUAAAGAUAAAGAAAUAGAACAAGUAUUGCAAAAUGAUCACACUAUUAAUGAAAGUCUCCCUUCACUUAACAGUAAAAUGAAAGAAGAUCACGAAAGUUGUGUACCAGAAUCUAACUCAAUAGAUGAUCGAAGUUGUAGAACAAAAAAUGAAGGAGAAAAAAUUAUUGGUAAUGAAUAUGAAGAGGAAAUGUUGCUAAUGGAGGAUGACUUAGAUUAUGAGGAUGAUGGAUUAAUGAAUGAAAUAGAUUCUAUUUUGUCAAAAUAAAAUUUUGUAACAAAGUGGUAUUCAAAAAACUUCAAGACAGUCAAAAGAACAAGUAUAAAUAUAAACCUUGUUUUACUAUUGAUGGAUCAGUGUGAAGUAUCAUUUUUUUAUGAAUAGUCAAGGUGUCAAUCUUAUGAUUGAAAUAGCCAAAAUAUUGUUUUUCUGAAACAAUGUAUCUUGUUUUCAAGAUCACUAGAUUUUUAUCAAAUGUUGAUAUGAGUUGAUGUUUUAUAUAUCUAUUAUGUAAUUAUUGUUGAUUUUGUAAAUAUGGCUAUGGAAUAUCUGCGAAUACCUUUUAUUCAAAUAUUAUUUAUAGUAAUUGUAAAUAGGAAUUUUGUACAUAAACAUAGAUUUGAAUAAAAUUCAUAAACUAAUGUAAAAGCAUUUUACACUUAAAAUUAUGUUAGGCUUCACAUUAUUGAAAUUGAUGAUACACAAGUAUAUAUAAUGAAAAAAAAUCAACAAACAUGUGCAUUAAUAAUAAAUUAUAAGUAUUUUAGUAAAAAA